AUGCGAGAGCUUCUUGUGGUCAGAAAAAAUCUUAGUGUACUUGUAGAUGAGCAUCGGCUUCCCGAAGAUGCAGGACCACACAUAAUAAGAAUGCAUUUGGCAGAGAUACUACCGACUAUAAUUUCGAUUCCACGUCUGGGAAACCCGAUGUCUCGCCUGUUUUUCUCUUUCAAACGAGGUAACGUUGUCUCGCCUCUCUUUGUGCGGUGGAAGUCGGGAACUUCCUCCAAAAGAUGGGUCGCCAGGCAGAUGGAUGAUGCCCACACAAAAAAAUCCAAAGCCGAAGGGUACAGAUCCCGAGCCGCUUAUAAACUUAUUGAGAUCGAUAGCAAGUUUCGUCUCUUCAAUAAAAACACCCGUAACAUUGUUGACUUGGGUUUUGCUCCUGGUGCGUGGACUCAAGUUGCCCUAGCCAGAUGCAAAAGCAAAAACAUCACUCCUCGGAUACUCGGCGUGGACCUUAUCAAUUGCUCUCCCCCGGAAGGCUCGCUGUUUUUGCAAGGUGACAUUUUCUCAAAGAAAACUCACAGCGAGAUUGUGAAUUUCUUUGAUCCUGAGGGCCAUAGUCAGCCCUUGGAUUUGGUGAUGAGCGAUAUGAUGGCGAAUACAAGCGGCAUAAAGGACAAUGAUCACUUUGCCAGCAUGGAUCUAUGUGAUGGAGUUUUGAUCUUAGCCUGCCGGCUAUUGAAGAAAAACGGCAAUUUGGUGAUGAAGUUCUAUACGGGAAAGGAAGAGAGGUUGCUUCAAAACAAAUUGGAGAAGGUGUUCCACAAAGUUUUCAUGACUAAACCGGCCGCCUGUCGAGCAGAGCUGCGGGAAAUGUACUUUGUGGCAUUAAAAAAGCGAACUGAUGUUGUUCUGGUAGAGGACGUUUUUUCACAGGAGCAUGAUAAUUAA